AUGCAUUUGUCAACAUAUCACGUUGUGCCAAUCACUCUUGCUGCUUGUGCUGCGCUUUUGAACGCCCCAGCAGUUUUAGCAGCUAUGGCGGACCGAAAGGCCAUUAUUUACGACUUUGAGAAGUUGGAAGACUAUCAGCAGAAGAAUGAAACCGUCCUUGAUAUUGUCAAAAAGGACACCGGUGUUGACUUCUGGAGGCAGACACGGACAAUUCCUCCCACUUCUUAUCCUCCACCUAUGACUUUGGAGGCAAUUGAGAAGCUGAAGGAAGUCAAGGGGGUUAUUGUUAAGGAUGUUCCUUCUGAGGAAUUGUAA